AUGACGCCCGCAGAUCUGGAAGAUCUGAAUUCUGACUUUGCCGAUGAUGCCACGUGGGUUCUCACCAGCAGCUUCGUGAUCCUGACGAUGCAAAGUGGCUUCGCGAUGUUGGAGAUGGGGUCUGCUGCAAAGGGCCACGAAGUAAACAUUCUUGUCAAGAAUGUCUACGACGUGGUUUGUGGUGCUCUGGCGUACUACUUGUUGGGAUAUGGCAUCUCCUAUGGAUCACCAUCGAACUCGUUUAUGGGGCUGAGUGACUUUAUAAUGGACAUAUCCAAAACUGACCCCACCAGCUCCGGCCUUCUGUUCAGUAGCUUCAUUUUUCAGUUCAGUUUUGCUGCCACCUCCACAACCAUUGUCAGCGGUUGCCUGGCCAUGCGCUGUCGAUUCUGGGUGUAUUGCCUGUAUGCGUUCUAUGCUGUGCUUGUGUAUUCCUUCGUGGCGCACUGGGUUUGGUCAGCCAAUGGCUGGCUGGCACAGUUGGGAGUGCAUGACUUCGCUGGCAGUGGCCCCGUGCAUUUAUUGGGAGCCGUGAAUGGCUUAGUAGGGAUCCUGGCCUUGGGACCGCGUCAGGGCCGAUUCGACGGCAGCCGCCCUCCUGAAGACUUCAUGCCGUCUUCCCCUACAAGCAUCUUGAUUGGCCUCUUCAUGCUGUGGUGGGGCUGGAUUGGCUUCAACUGCGGCAGCUCCUUCGGAAUUACCCAAACUAAAUGGAUUGUCGCCACCAGGGCAGGUGUAACGACGAUAACUGCAACUGCUGGUGGUGGCACCGCCGCACUGCUGUACACCAAAGCCAAGUCGAGGGGAAGGUUAAUUGUCGCGGACGAAAUCGCCAACGGCAUUUUGGGGUCCUUGGUGGCAAUUACUGCCACCUGCGCCUGCGUGCACCCUCCAGAGGCGCCCUUAAUUGGUGCCGUGGGUGCUAUGCUUGCUUUGCUGGCGAAUGACUGGGUUGUGCGUCUGAAACUCGACGACCCUGUCGGCGCAGUCGGUGUGCAUGGCGCGGCAGCGGCAUGGGGAGUGCUUGCAGUAGGUCUCUUCGCUGAUGGGUCGCUGCCCGGCAUCGAG